GCCGGGGGGCGGUCUCAUCACCGGGUGUGGCUGGGCGCCGCCCCCCCACGAAGGCUCCCAAAACCUUCCGGCUCUUCCUCGACGGCCCAACAAGCCCAGCGGACACAGCAGAGCAGCUCCACCCAACUAGGGCAGAAAAAUGGAUCCAUCCGCUCCUGGCUUUCAGGGGGCCCAGCCUCCUCCUUACACCGAGACAACCGGCAUCCAUUCUGCUCCGUACCCCCAGCCCUAUCCCGUCCCAGGGCCUGGGCCUGGACCAAAUAUGAAAGGCCAACAGGCACCGCCAUAUGGCAUGCAACCUGGAGUCACAGGAGGUCCCCAACCAGUUACUGUUCAGACGGUUUACGUCCAGGCACCGCUGGUCUUCCAUGACCGUCCCGUCCAGAUGAACUGCCCUGCGUGUCAAAAAACCAUUUUGACGCGCCUCUCGUACACCUCUGGGGCGCUGACCUGGCUGGCUUGUGGCGGCCUCUUCCUGGUGGGGUGUGUCGCCGGCUGCUGCCUCAUCCCCUUCUGCGUGGAUUCGCUUCAAGAUGUUGACCACUACUGUCCCAGCUGCAACGCUCUUGUUGGCACCUACAGGCGUCUCUGAGCAACAUUAGGCACAUGCUUUUUUAAAAUAUAUGCUUUUUUCCCUUUUCUGGAGUUCAUGGAAAUAAUUUUUUCCGCUGUGCCUUUUUUUGCCUCUGAAGAUUUGGGUGCAAGAAGAACCUUUGGCCAAGAAGUGGGAUGUUUAUCCAGCCUCACGUCCAACAAGUGUAUGUUCUUUCCUGCAAAAAGCAUGCCUGCACCGUCCACGGAAAAGUGUUGAACUAGUGCAGCAUCUUAAUUCAUCUUUGUGCUUUGGCACUGUCCCACAUUCUCCUCUUUUUGGCACUGAGAGGAAGCGUUGCAAUUGGAAACCUCAAUGAUAUUUCUCUCUCUCUCUCUCUGUUUGUGUGUGUAAAUUGCUAAGGCCUUUUAUGCAGCCUCAAGACACACUUGGUUCCAAAAUUCUCUCUCCCUGGGGAAUGUUGAUGAGAUCCCUGUGGAAAAAUAAAUCCCGUUUUUUUAAAGGUAGCUUCUAACAAAAUGAGGCACUUCAGGGCUUCUGUAGCAACUGAUUUCAAGUUGGUGGC